UGUGAUUAUGCGUAACAAAAUACGCAAGGAUGCACGCGCAACGUUUUGAUGUGUUAACGUGAAGGUAGAGAGAAGUGAGGUUAUAUUGCGUAAAGGGGUUUUUAGUAUUAUUUUGGAAUUAAAAUGGAUUCCAAAUAUAAUUUCGUGGUAGGAAAGAUGUUUUCUAAAUUUCCAACGAAGAAAUCUACAACUUUUGUAAACUUCAGUAGUAGUCCAAAGAAACCAAGACUUGACCAAGGACCAACUAAAGUUACACAGCCUGGACCGGGAACAUUACUUCAACAUAGAAAAUUCCUUCCUGUAUAUGGUGUACGAAACAGACUCAUUUCAGAGAUUCUGAAACAUCCCACAGUAAUUAUUAUUGGAGAGACUGGCAGUGGUAAGACAACGCAGAUUCCACAAUUUAUGCAUGAGGUACGACUGGCUAGAGAUGGGAUUAUUGGUAUCACUCAGCCACGGCGUGUAGCCGCCAUAACUCUGGCUCAGCGUGUAUCACAAGAAAUGAAUUCUGAUCUAGGAGCUACUGUGGGUUACUCCGUGAGGUUUGAAGAUGUUACAUCAGAACGCACAAAAUUAAAAUACCUAACUGAUGGCAUGUUACUUCGAGAAGCAAUGUUAGAUGUAUUAUUAAUGUCAUACAGCAUAAUUGUGUUAGAUGAAGCUCAUGAGAGGACCGUGCAUACAGAUGUGUUGUUCGGAAUUGUGAAGCAGGCACAAGCACUUAGAAAAGAGAAACAUCUGAAGCCCUUGAAGAUUGUAGUAAUGUCUGCUACAAUGGAUGUUGAUCACUUCAGUGAUUAUUUUGGCAAUGCUCGUAUAUUAUAUUUGGAGGGAAGGCAGCAUCCAAUCCAAGUUUUUCAUGCGGUACAGACUCAGGAUGACUACGUUUUCAGCUGUUUGGUCACGAUAUUUCAGAUACAUCGGGAUGCACCAGCGAACCAUGACAUAUUAGUGUUUUUAACUGGUCAAGAAGAAAUUGAAGCUAUGGCACAUAGCAUUAGACUUAUAGCAAAGGAUCUGGAGGGCACUUACCCCUGUCUGAAAGUGUACCCUUUAUAUUCAUCUCUGCCAUCUCAUCAGCAAUUGGAUGUGUUCAGAUCCACUCCUCAGGGAGCGAGAAAAGUUGUUCUUAGUACAAACAUUGCUGAGACUUCAGUUACAAUUAGCGGAAUCAAGUACGUCAUUGACAGUGGCAUGGUUAAGGUUAGAACCCAUCAUCCAGGAACUGGGCUAGACAUAUUAAAAGUCCAAAGGAUAUCACAGGCUCAGGCAUGGCAACGGGCAGGAAGAGCUGGCAGAGAGUCAUCUGGCUUCUGUUACCGAGUUUAUACACGGCAGGAAUUUAAUACAAUGUUGAAAAAUUCCAUCCCAGAAAUUCAGAGAUGUAACUUAACAAAUGUUGUACUACAGCUCCUUGCUCUUAAGAUUGACACAUUAACGUUUGACUUCAUGGAUAUGCCACCAAGAGAGUCUGUGAAUGGUGCACUAUGGCAGUUGAAGCAACUUGGAGCUAUUGAUACUGCAGAAGGCACUAAGCUGACGAAAUUGGGACACCGAAUGGCUCUGCUUCCACUUGACCCACGCUUUAGCAAGAUUUUGCUCUCAGCUGAAGUUUAUGGUUGCUUAGAGGAAAUUCUAAGUAUAGUGGCCUUGUUGUCAAGUGAAUCGGUGUUUAUCAUACCUCCCAGCAAACGUGAGCAGGCAGUAGUGGCUCAUGGAAAGUUUGUUUCAUCAUCAGGCGAUCACAUUACUCUGCUCAAUAUAUAUAGAAGUUUCAGCACUGUUACUCAGAAGAAGCAAUGGUGUCAUGAGAAUUUCUUAAAUGUGCGUAACCUUCAGUAUGCAAGCGAAGUUCGCUCUCAGUUGGCUGAACUUUGUCAGCGAUGCAAGUUGCGUAUAUCCUCUUGUGGCCAGAAUAUGGAUCAAGUGAGAAAGUGUCUCGUAACUGGUUUAUUCAUGAACAUAGCUGAACUACAGAGAGAACGGCAAUAUCUGACUGUGGAAUCGCGACAGACAGUUGCCAUCCACCCUUCAUCGGUACUGUAUGGUUCUCAACCUCAUUGUGUUUUAUUUACUGAAGUUGUACAGACUGGAAGAUGCUAUUUGAGACAGGUUACAGAGGUUGACCCUGAGUGGCUGAGUGACAUUGUUCCAGAAUAUAUGCGACAUCAUCGACUUUUAACUUGUGCCCGUUAGUGUUUUAAAACAAAGGUAAAGAACAGAUUAAGACUUGUUGAUAGAAGCUUUUGAAGUGAAAAAUGCCCAAGGUCAGUUAUUUUCAAUGUGAUGCAGGGUUUAACAUUUGUUGUCAUUGUUUAUACAAAAGCUAGUAAAUAAACCUCGGGUAGUAUGUGAGAUUUGAGGUUUUCAUGGUAGUGAAGAUGAUGAUGAUACAGGUUUUGAUGCCAUGUAGACUUGUCAGUAGAUGUCAGCAUUUCAGAGAAACACACUGCCUCCAGUUUCAGCCCUGAAGAUGCUGACUUCAUGUUUCUCUGAAAUGUUGACAUCUGCUGACAAGUCUGCAUGGUACCAAUACCCUGAACAUCCUAAUCAAACUUGGCACAGAUGAAGAAGAGUUUUAGGGAAUGUAUGGAAAAAGGGGAUAUUAAUAUUUCUAAGUACUGUUGCCGAAGCUUACAUGGUUGACAGAAUGACCAAACUACAGUUGUAGACUGAUAUUUCCAGGCAGUUUAAAAUGUGUUAAAUAUAAGAGGAAAAUGGAUGGACAGAGCACAUAUGUAUUUAUGUAUCUACUUCAUAAGUACAAAGGAGGAUAAAAAACCGUGUGACUAACGGAGAUCAUAUCAAUAGAGUCAGUGUAAGUAUUGAGAAGUAUGGAGGAUACUAUUAAAAUAAAUCUUGAAGAAAUAGGAUGUGAGGAUGUGGACUGAUCAUCUGACACAGUAUUGGGUUCAGUAGUUGGCUGUUGUGAAUAUAGUAAUGAACCUUCAGUUUUCAUAAACUGUGGGCUGUCCUAAGUGCAAUUAGUUAGUUUUUAAUUUUUUUUUAAACUCUUUGUUUAAUUUUAAAAUCUGUCAUGCCAAGUUGUAUACAAAAGUUACAUCAGCCAGUUAAUUAUCCCAUUAUUGUCGGCUGUUUAUUUUCUUACUGUGCCAUAUGUGUUUUGGCUCUGUGUUUUAACCAGAUAUUUAGAUACACAGCCACUGAUGAUCUUUCCAUGAAGCCAAAACAUAUUUGGCAGGGCAUACUAAAUAGACAAUAAUAGUAAAAGUACUGAUUGAUGUGACUUUUAUUUUUUAAUUUCUUUAAAAUUUAGUGAGACCAAAGUUUUGGGGUCCGCAGUGGCCGCGCGGUCUAAGGCAUAGGCCUUAUGCUGCUUGGUCACGGGGACUGUGGGUUUGAAUCCCACUCAAGCCAUGGAUGUUUUUCUGUGUUGUGCUGUCCUGUGUACAGGUAGAGGCCUUUCAAUGGACCGAUCCCUCAUCCAAGGAGUCCUACCGAAUGUCCAUAAUUCAAGCCAAGUAAUAAAAAGUUGGGGACCUGUAAAGGGUACCGGAAAAAGUAGAAACAUUGUUAAACCGGAAAAGGAAGAGAGACCAAAGUUCUUAAUAUAUUAAAAGUAUUUAACGAGCCUUAAAACUCUAAUGCAUGUCUGUGUUUGCUUCCAGUGGUUGUUAUCUCUUGUAUGAUGGGUAACUCUUUCCUGGAGAAAGAAAUGUACAAAAACGAAGAUAAAUUGAGAAAUUAACUUAGAUGAACAGAAAGAUUAUGAAGCCAUUUAGAAGACAUGAGACUUUAAUUUCAAUUCUGUGAUAAUGUGGAUACUGUUUCUGGGUGAUGGCAUGUUGUAUAGGUCUGGGCCUCAGCCUGGGGCCUGGGCCCAGUAGCUCAGAUAACGGUUAGUUCUGGGCUUGGUUUGGGCCUGGUUCAAAUGAUAAGAAUCAAGUGCUGUAUUGAACAUUACUCAGACCAUUAUUUUUUCCAAAGGAAAAGUUAUUUGUAGCUGCACUCAUCUUAUGCUUGUGACAGUUGGGCUCUGAAACAAAUCCUGUUGACUUAUUUUCUGGGGGAUUUUCAUAGCUGUCCCCUGUCAGAAAUAGUUCCAGGUAACACCUCACAAAUCUGGCAGCCGAUAUCUUUUUUUACCAUUUUCCAAAUGUAAAAAUUACCUCAGAUGUUUAAUUAUUGGUCUUUUGAAAACAUCUUCAUUUCACUGUAGUCUAUGGUACUGGCAAUUACAUAGGGGGCCACAUGAUAAUGUGAUUUGAAAAUAUAGAAUCUUGUAAGAUUUGAGGUUUUCACAGCUGUGAGUAUGAAGAUUUCUGUCUUCUGGGUUGUUGUGCAUAUUCAUCGCCCUGAUGACAGGCAGUAUGACCUCUGAGACGUUAGUUAACAUCGACCAGACUACACAGCACAACAACCCAGAAGACAAAUCUUCAUACUCACCGCUGUGAAAACCUCAAAUCUUACACAGUCCUGGUAGGUGUUGCUGCUGUCUGGACCACUCGCCAAGGCUCCAAUGCAUGUGUAUAAAUUGAUAUCUUGACUGAUGUAUGCUUUCCAGUCACGUACCACUGACAUGGGGCAUAAGCCAUAAUGAAGUAAAAUAUAUUGAAUUUGAUACUCUACAUGCAUAGCCAUGGCUGUAAACUUUGGAACAGUGGUUGUCAACCUUUCAGGACCUGAGACCACAUUCGCUCUUAUCAAUCUGUUGGCCACUUUCUGUUUGUUUGAGGGGGCUACAGCCAAGUGGCAGCUGGUCAGGCCGCAUCUCUGCGUGGGUAGUAGUUGGUAAUAUUAUACUUCUGCCAUGAAUUAUCACAGAAAGAGAUUUUGAACAUGUUAAAUAUAAACAUAUAUUUUCCAUUUCUAUUACAUAGUUUUCUCAGUACAAGGGUAAACAACUUUUUAUAGCUUUAUUUUUCCUUUCACAGUUUACUAUCACCCUGAAUAAGAGUAAGGGAUAAUAGUUCUUAUAUCAGCUGUGUAACAUUUUAGCAAAUAAAAGUGAUUAAAUUCCUAAA